AUGCUCGCCACACGAGUCGUCACGCGCACCGCCGCGCCCCUCCGCAGCCUGCCCGCCGUCCAAUGCCUCCGCGCCCAGUCAACAUGGUCGGGAGUGCCACAAGGACCUCCUGAUGCCAUCCUCGGUAUUACAGAAGCAUUCAAGAAAGAUCCGAGCGGCGAGAAGAUCAACCUCGGUGUCGGCGCCUACCGCGAUGACAAGGGCAAGCCGACGGCAGAACAGCAGGUGGUGCAGCAGAACAUGGACAAGGAGUACGCAGGCAUCACUGGCGUGCCAGACUUCGGCAGCGCUGCAGCGCUGCUCGCCUACGGGCCCGACUCUGCGCCGCUGAAGGAAGGCCGCAUCGCUAUGACACAGUCCAUCUCCGGUACCGGUGCGCUGCGGAUAGGAGGAGCCUUCCUGCACCGCUUCUUCCCAGGCGCCAAAGCCAUCUACAUCCCAACGCCUUCGUGGGCCAACCACAAGGCUGUCUUCUCUGACAGUGGGCUCGAGGUGAAGCAGUACAGGUACUACAACAAGGACACCAUCGGCCUCGACUUCGACGGCAUGGUUGAGGACAUCAAGAAGAUGCCCAAGGGCAGCAUGAUCCUCCUCCAUGCCUGCGCGCACAACCCAACUGGUGUCGACCCCACCGAGCAGCAAUGGCGCUCUAUCAGCGACGCCGUCAAGGAGGGCGGUCACUAUCCCUUCUUUGACAUGGCAUACCAAGGCUUCGCAUCCGGCGACACUGACAAGGAUGCCUUCGCCCUCCGCCACUUCAUCAAGGAAGGCCACCAGCCCUGCCUCGCCCAAUCCUUCGCAAAGAACAUGGGCCUCUAUGGCGAGCGCGUCGGCGCCUUCUCCGUCGUCACCGCGUCCCCCGAAGAGAAAGCCCGCGUGGACUCGCAAGUCAAGAUCCUCGUCCGCCCGCUCUACUCCAACCCGCCCGUCCACGGCGCCCGCAUCGCCAGCACCAUCCUCAAAGACCCGGCCCUCAACAAGCAAUGGCUCGGCGAGGUGAAGGGCAUGGCGGACCGGAUCAUCGAGAUGCGCGCGCUGCUCAAGGAGAACCUCGAGAAGCUGGGCAGCAAGCACAGCUGGAACCAUAUCACGGACCAGAUCGGCAUGUUCGCGUACACGGGGCUGAACGCGGAGCAGAUGACGAAGCUGGCGGAGGAGCACUCGGUGUAUGCGACCAAGGAUGGACGGAUCAGUGUUGCGGGCAUUACGUCGCAGAACGUGGGGAGGUUGGCGGAGGCCAUCUACAAGGUCAAGGGCUAA